UCUUUCUCCUCCAAAGUUCCUGAUGCUCUGCAGAAGAGACUCCCCUCACCUGUCGCGACGUCAGCACGCUCCAGAGCGUUCCUAAAGUAGGGUCCGGCCCAGCGUCUUCGUCCUCCCGGCGCCCGUGCCUAUAAAUCGCCAUGGAACACGCUCGCUCACCUUGUCCUCAUCAGCUCAGAUACCUCCAGGAGCUUGGUUAGCUAGCACAUCGGCGGGUAAUCUCCCUCUUGGCAUCGCCUGAAUCUUCUUCUCUCCGAACAUUCUCGCUCCAGUCUUCUUGUGCCCGGCCGGUCGCGUUGCCAAUGGCGCCGCCUAACGAGUCGAAGCCCACGCCCAAGCUCGCCGCCGCCAAUGCGGCCAAGGGCGGCCCGGCGUCGUCGCCCGCACCGUGCCUCUUCUCGCUGCAGGACGGGGAGCUCAGCGUCGGCGGCGGCAAUAAGGCCGCGCUCCUCACGGGCGUGCCGGGGAACGUCACGCUCACCCCGUUCGCCGAGGCCUUCGACCCCGCGGCGUCGGACGCGCCGCGGGAGCUGGCCGAGCAGGCCGCGGCGAACGCGCGCCGCGGCGCGUUCCUGGGCUUCACGCUGCCGGCGCCGGCGAGCCGCGCGCCGUACCGCGUGGGGCGGCUGGCGGGCCCGCGGCGGUUCCUGAGCGUGUUCCGGUUCAAGACGUGGUGGAGCACGGCGUGGGCGGGGCGGCGCGGGCGCGACCUGCAGAUGGAGACGCAGUGGGUGCUCCUCGAGGUGCCCGAGCUCGCCGGCGCCGGCGCGGGCUACGUCCUCGUGCUGCCGCUCGUGCAGGGGGGCUUCCGGUCGGCCAUCUUCCCCGGCGACGACGACGGCGUCGUCAUCUGCGCCGAGAGCGGGUCCGAGGCCGUCACCGGCACCGACUUCCGCCGCAUCGCCUACGUGCACGCCGGCGACGACCCCUACAAGCUCAUGCAGGAAGCCUACCUCGCCGCCAGGGUGCACCUCGGCACGUUCAGGUUGAUACAGGAGAAGGCGUUGCCGGCGAUGGCGGACCGGUUCGGGUGGUGCACGUGGGACGCCUUCUACCUCACCGUCGACCCCGCCGGCGUCUGGCAGGGCGUGUCGGAGUUCGCCGACGCCGGCCUGCCCCCGCGGUUCCUCAUCAUCGACGACGGCUGGCAGAGCGUGAACCGCGACGGCGACCCGCCGCACGAGGACGCGCCGGGGCUCGUGCUCGGCGGCGACCAGAUGACCGCGCGCCUCUACCGCUUCGACGAGUGCGCGCGCUUCCGCGGGUACAGGGAGGGCGCGCUGAUCCGCCGCCCGCCGGAGCUGUUCUACGACAAGAGCAUGCCCAAGGCCGUCGUGCGCAAGGCCGCCGAGAUCGAGAGCACCUGGAAGGCCAGGAAGAAGGCGGCGCAGGGCGGCGCCACCGAUCUCUCGGGCUUCGACGUCAGGAUCACGCAGCUGCGGCGCGAGCUCGAUCAGCUGCUCGUGCAGAGGGACGCCGUCCUUGCGAGGCUCUGCGACGACGGCGGCGCCGGCGCCGGCGCCGGCGAGGUGGGGCUGAAGGCGUUCCUCAAGGACAUGCGGCGGCGGUUCCCAGGGCUGGACGACGUGUACGUGUGGCAGGCGCUAUGCGGCGGGUGGGGCGGUGUGCGUCCCGGCGCGACGCCGCUGGACGCGCGCGUCGUGCCGGCGCGGCCGUCGCCAGGUCUGGCCGGCACCAUGGACGACCUCGCCGUGGACCGCAUCAUCGAGGGCGGGAUCGGGCUGGUGCGCCCCGACCAGGCCGACGACCUCUACGAGUCCAUGCACUCCUACCUCGCCGGCGCGGGCGUCACCGGCGUCAAGGUCGACGUCGUGCAUACGCUGGAGUACGUCUGCGGGGAGCACGGCGGGCGCGUCGAGCUCGCCAGGGCCUACUACGACGGGCUAUCCAGGUCCGUCGCCAAGAACUUCGCCGGCACGGGCAUCAUCGCCAGCAUGCAGCAGUGCAACGACUUCUUCUUCCUCGGGACGCGGCAGGUGGCCAUGGGCCGCGCCGGCGACGACUUCUGGUUCGAGGACCCCAACGGCGACCCCAUGGGCGUGUACUGGCUGCAGGGCGCGCAUAUGGUGAACUGCGCCUACAACAGCCUGUGGAUGGGCCAGUUCAUCCGCCCGGACUGGGACAUGUUCCAGUCCGACCACGCCUGCGCCGCCUUCCACGCCGCGUCCCGGGCCAUCUGCGGCGGCCCCGUCUACGUCAGCGACUCCCUCGGUGGCCAUGACUUCGAGCUGCUCAGGAGGCUCGUCUUCCCGGACGGCACCGUGCCCCGGUGCCUGCACUAUGCUCUCCCCACCCGAGACUGCAUGUUCAAGAACCCACUCUUUGAUCAGGAAACUGUCCUCAAGAUUUGGAACCUGAACAAGUUUGGAGGGGUCAUUGGGGCCUUCAAUUGCCAGGGCGCAGGUUGGGAUCCGUUGGAGCACCGUGUCAGAGGCUACUCACACUGCUACAAGCCGGUCUCCGGCGAAGUCCGGCCCGCCGACGUUGAGUGGAGCCAGAGGGAGGACACUUCUGCCAUGGCCAACGCCGGAUCGUACGCAGUCUACCGAUGCCAAACCGAAGAGCUUCUCCUGAUGACGCCACAUUCAGAGCCCAUCCAGUUCACCCUCCAGCCAUCGUCCUUCGAGCUCUUCACGUUUGCUCCAGUCGCAACCAUCAGCGGUGCCGCCAAAGUGCGGUUUGCGCCGAUCGGGCUGGUCGACCUGCUGAACUGUGGCGGCGCCAUUGUCGAUGUGGAGUAUGGCAGUGGUGGUGAGGUGAGGAUGAAGGUGAAGGGGGCGGGGAGACUGCUGGUGUACUCUGACGUGAAGCCAAGGAGGAGCUUGGUGGAUGGCUGUGAGGCUGAAUUCGAAUGGGGAAAUGGCGGGAAGCUGAUGGUUGAUGUGACGUGGAAGCAGGAGAAAGAUGGUGUCUCUGAUGUGGCCUUCUGUUACUAGGAGACGAGAAUGCUGUGAUGUUCUGCUGCUGCAACCAACAAUGCUUGCAAUUCUGUAAAUAUUUACCUUUUUC